UUUCCUUUGGUUGUGUUGCUGCCCCUCCUCCCCUCAUCAUCAUCCAUCUUCUCCGGCUUCCUCCUCUUCCUUUCUCUCUCUCUCUCACUUUCUACACUAACUGUACUUACUCCGACUCAGUCAUCUUUCUUCCUCGUUCCCCUUCCCCUCACCUGUUUCUCCCUCUUUCGUUUUCCUCUCGUUUUCUCGCUCUUUCCUACUUUUUCUCUAUCCUCCUCUCCCCCUUCUUGUUCGUAACUGCCAUUCUCCCUCUCGUGGUAGAUUAUCUUAUCUACUACCCGAAGGGCCUGCAAUCGGCGUCACCAUGGUCCUCAUCGACAAGCAUUCGUACGAAUCCCGCGAGGAGCAACGACUCAAGGAAGAUCGCGAGCGCACUCGCUAUUGGAAACGCUGGGGUCCCUACGUCGCUGAGAGACAAUGGGCUACUGUUCGCGAAGAUUACUCUGAGAAUGGAGAUGCCUGGAGCUACUUCUCCCACGACCAUGCGCGGUCCCGAACCUACCGCUGGGGUGAGGACGGUAUUGCCGGUGUGUCCGAUACCCACAGUUUGCAAAACAUCGCUUUUGCGUUUUGGAACGGCAAAGACGACUUCCUGAAGGAGCGCCUGUUCGGUCUAUCCAAUCCUCAGGGAAACCAUGGCGAGAGUGUCAAGGAGGCCCAUUUCCACCUCGAUAACACUCCGACACACUCUUACAUGAAAUUCCUCUACAAGUAUCCCCAGAAGAAGUUCCCCUAUCAGGAGCUUGCUGAGGAGAACGCACGACGCGGCAAAAGUGACCGCGAGUACCAGAUCCUCGAUACGGAUGCCUUCGAUGAGAACCGUUACUGGGAUAUCUUCAUCGAGACUGCGAAAGAAGACGACGAUGAGGAAGAACUCUUGUUCCGCAUUAUCGCCUACAACCGAGGACCUGAGCCAGCACACUUGCACAUCGUCCCGCAUGUGUGGUUCCGCAACACCUGGGCGUGGGGGUAUGAGGAAAAGAACGAGAAACCGUCCGUGGAGAAAACGUAUCCUCUGAUCGCUAAGACUAAGCACCACAAACUCGGAGAGCGCUAUGUCCGGUUUUCUCCAUCUCCGUCUGUGACCGGGGAGGAAGAUGUGGUUCCCAAGCUGUUGUUCACCGAAAACGAAACCAAUAAUGAAUUUCUCUGGAACACCAAGAAUGAUCAGCCCUACGUCAAGGACGCCUUCCAUCGUCACAUUGUCAACGGUGAGAAGGGCGCAGUCAACCCCGAGAACAAGGGUACCAAGUUUGCCGCCUGGUACGCCUUUGACGAGGGCGAGGGUGUUCCUCCCGGCGAAUGCGUGGUCGUCCGUUUCCGCUUCUCUCGGCGCCUAGAGCCGUUCAUCGAUGAAGAAGUGUUGGACGAUGUGAUCGACCAGCGCAGAAAUGAGGCUGAUGACUUUUACUACCAUAUCAGUCCUUUGCCCAUGAGCGAUGACUUGCGCAACAUUCAGCGGCAAGCAUUCUCCGGAAUGAUGUGGAACAAGCAGUUCUACCACUUCGUCUGGGACCAGUGGGCUAAUGGCGAUCCUGCGAUGAUCCCACCCCCUCCAGGCAGGAAGCACGUUCGAAACCAACAGUGGAAACACUUGUACAUGGAGGAUAUCCUUUCGAUGCCCGAUUCGUGGGAAUACCCCUUCUUCGCUGCGUGGGACACUGCGUUCCACUGCAUCCCACUUGCAAUGAUCGACCCGGAGUUUGCGAAAAAGCAACUGGACAUCCUCACUCGCGAGUGGUACAUGCAUCCCAACGGUCAGCUUGCAGCCUAUGAGUGGAACUUUGGUGAUGUAAACCCUCCUGUCCAUGCAUGGGCUACGUUCCGAGUCUUCAAGAUUGAGCGCAAGAUGUACGGACGGCAGGACCUUGAUUUCUUGGAACGGGUGUUCCAGAAGCUGUUGUUAAACUUCACAUGGUGGGUUAACCGAAAGGACUCCGACGGCAAGAACGUCUUCGAAGGCGGCUUUUUGGGGCUGGACAACAUCGGGCUCUUCAACCGCUCCGAGCCUCUUCCCACCGGCGGUGUGCUGGAGCAGGCCGAUAGCACAGGAUGGAUGGCCUUCUACUGCUUGUGCAUGUUGAACAUCGCGUUGGAGCUGGCCAAGCAUCGGAGAAUUUACGAAGACAUUGCCUCCAAAUUCUUCGAGCACUUCAUUCUGAUUAGUGAUGCCAUGACUUUCCGAUCAGGUGGUCAGGAAUCAUCCCUCUGGAACGAGGAAGAUGGUUUCUAUUACGAUGCGAUCUCCUACGGUGACCCUUGGACCCAGCAGCUACCUGUGCGCUCUUUGGUCGGCUUGAUCCCUCUAUAUGCCGUCCUCACACUUGAGCCAGAGUUGAUCAACAAGUUCCCAUCUUUCAAGAAGCGUUUGGAAUGGUUCGUUGAGAACCGCCAAGAUGUGGCCGAGCGCAACAUUGCAAGCAUGAAGAACCGCGGUAAAGAUGAGCGACUCCUUCUGGCGUUGGUGAGCAAGGACCGCCUGGAGAAAAUUCUCAAGCGAAUGCUGGACGAGACCGAGUUCCUGUCGGAGCACGGCAUUCGGUCGAUGUCCAAGUAUCAUGGCGAGCACCCUUACUCGAUGGAUGUCAAUGGUCAGACAUUCCGGGUCAGCUAUGUUCCAGGAGACUCCGACAGUGGGCUGUUUGGAGGUAACAGCAACUGGCGUGGGCCGAUCUGGUUGUGCGUCAACUUCCUGCUCAUCGAGUCUUUGUUACGCUUCUAUAUGUUCUAUGGCGAUUCAUUCAAGAUCGAGUGUCCCACAGGCUCCGGCGAGUACAUGCAUCUCGGACACAUUGCCGAAGAGAUUCAGCACCGGCUGCAGCAUCUGUUCGCCCGAAACGACGAAGGCCGCCGGGCGGUACACAACGGAUCCGACCUCCUCGACUUUGACGAGCACUGGAAGGAUUACAUGUGGUUCCACGAGUUCUUCGACGGAGACACCGGCCGCGGUCUUGGAGCGUCCCACCAGUGCGGAUGGACUGGUCUGAUUGCCAAGGUCAUCCACGACACAGGUAUCAACUGCCGUCUCCCACAGACCCCCCGCACUCCCCACGCAGCGGCAUCGCACUACUUCGACGACGUCUUCACCCGAUUCUCCCGCCCACGGGGCAGCCGUCGUCCCAGCGUCCGCCGCUCUUCCACGACCCGGUCCAUUGGCAACCGCAGCGACUUCGAGUCCACUUUCUCCGGACGCGAGACCCCGGCUCCCGAGACUGCCCUGGACGAGGAUGAGAAUCAGCGGAGCGUGGACACUGACCUCCAGAACGAGCACGUUCACAAGUACGUGGAGAGUCAGUUGCAGCGCGUAAAAAGUCAAGCUUCGAUCGGAGCAUACGAGGAUGAGUUUGAGACGCAGGCAGACCACGCCCCCAACGGCAACGGUCAUUGAUUCUUGUGAAGGGGAAAUGAACGGAACGGAGACUGGAUUCUAGUACAAAGUUAGACGGAUGUUUAUUUCCGAAGGAAGAUGUGUUAGAUGGGUUGUAUUGUUGUCGAUUCUUAGAGCGGUGAUCAUUUCGAAAGCAUAAGUCAAGAUUGUCUGUUUAUCUGUGUCAUCUGUGUUCUUCAAGCUGAGCUGCUGCAUCUAUCGAAUCAUGACAUGAUCCCUUCGGCGGACUGCUUGCCGUAGGUAUAGAUUCAUCGCCUGCAUCGUUCCGUGGCUUGUUCUCGUCAUUUCCGGCUUGUUGCGGGAUGCACCACUGCUUUGACUAACACCGUUACCUGUGUAUAACUGUCUACAACAUGAUAAUACCAUCAACUAGACUAUGC